AUGACCGAGCAGCUGGUCAGAUCAGCGCCUCCACUCGGCGACCAAGACGCAGUGUAAGCCUAUGUAGCCUGUCUGCUGCAUCAAUCACACCACGCACAGACAGCUAGCUGCACGACAGACAGACACAUGAAUACGGGUCGAUGUUUCCAUCUCCAUGUCUGUCCACUGCGUGUCCCCAGGUGUGACUUUCUCUGCGGUUCUGGUGCUGCUGGCGUGGCCUUUCGGGAAGCCUAUCCAGACGUGCCGAUCACCUUCGUUGAUUCGAGCACCGAGCGGCUUCGAGAGGUCAGACGCCGGGUGUCAACGAAGCAGGCUGAGGGCUCCCCCGUGUGGCGCCGCGUGCGGGAGGAUGGCGACAAGGCCGCCCUCAGCAGCACCAGCACCACCAGCAGCAGCAGCCCGAUGCAGAUGCAGAUCUCCUUCGAGGAGGGCGCACCGGUCCACCUCCACGAGUAUGCCUUCGAAUAUGACUCGCCGACAGCCAUCCCUCACGCCCCAUUCGACCUGAUCAUCGCACAGCUGGCGCUGCACGUGAUUGUGGGGCAUGAGCAUGAGACGGAGGGAGGGAGCGAGGGCGCUGUGCCUCGGUACCUGACCGUGAUGCGAUAUCUCUGGCGGCAUCUGAAGCCGGGCGGGCACCUGCUGAUUGCCGACCACGUGGGUUGCCUGCCGUGCGGGCAGCAGAUGGCCCUCCUGGCUGAGGGCGGCAUGUUCGAGGACGUCGAUGUGGCCUGGAGAGAAGGUACGGUAAGAGUGAGAGGAGGGAGUGGGUGGUCGGGGAAGGAAGGAUAGCUGAUGCGUAUCUGAAGUCUGUGUGCUGUGCUGUGCUGUGCUGUGCUGUGCUGCACAGGUGCGUUCUUCGUCAUUGGCGGGCGCAAGUCGGUGUCAGGUGGUGCGACGCCCACAUGGCACACGGCACACGGCAUCGACAUGAAUGAACUCGACAAAGACAAACUCAGCUAGAUAGCCAGUCGACAGACAGAUAGACAGACAGACGGACAGACGGACAGAUAGACGGGAGAGCGUCC